AUGGAGGGAAUAUGCUUUUUACCAACUUUCUUGGUCAUUUGGUCAUCCAGCACGUUUAUUGUUUCCUACCUAAUUGCAUUGUUCGAGCAUGAUGUGGAUGUUAUCUUCCCCUAUAUAAGUGAAAUUGGGGCUAAACCCCCAGAGAGUUGUAUCUUUGGCUUGAUGACGAUCAUCACUGCAUUUGCAGGUAUGGCCACCAUAUAUGCCAGAUACAAGUUUGUGGAAAAGCUCAAUGAGAAGGCAGGUGUGCCCCCAGCACUGAACCAGGCUGCUUUCUGGAUUGGAAUGCUUUCUUGUUUGGGGAUAUGUUUUGUUGCUACUUUCCAGGAGACAACGAUUAUACAAAUGCAUGAUGCAGGUGCAAUACUCUUCUUCGUUUCUGGUGUGCUGUACACCACCCUCCAGUCCAUCAUAUCCUAUAAGGCCUACCCCUAUGGAUGUUCCUUGGCCUUGUGUCAUACGCGCACCGGAAUGGCAACCAUCGCCUUCCUGGCAGUUUCCCCCACUAUUAUCUGUGUCUUACUGCAUAGAACAGAAGACAAGGACUAUGUGUUCCAUCUGGUGAGUGCUGUGAGUGAGUGGAUCGUGGCCUUCAGCUUCAUCUUCUUCUUCACCUAUAUCCACGACUUUAAAAGGUUUACUCUGAAGCUGAGAACAGAGUUUGUUUCCUGA